CAUUUGUUCGCUCUCCCGCCUGCCCGCCAUGGACGGCUCCUUCUUCUCCUCACACACACAAGAGUUGGGAAACUUUCGGGAUGUGUGACGUCACCCGCCCCAGUGAAUCCAGAGCAGGAAGGGGGCGGGGCGGCCGGAGUUUAGCUUGCUGUGUGCUGAGUGCGGAUCUAGUGUUCCCUAUGAGAGUGUGUGAGCGCCGGGCUAUUCCCCUCCGCCAUCCAUCCAUCCAUCCCAGCCUGCAGUAUGGACUGUGAGCCCUGAUCACUGCCAGAGUUCUCUUUGAAGUCCCCCCCACCCAGAGUGAUAUCAGCCCCCCGGAUCAGAGGACAAGGAGCCCGGAUCAGAGGACAAGGAGCCCGGAUCAGAGGACAAGGAGCCCGGAUCAGAGGACAAGGAGCCCGGAUCAGAGGACAAGGAGCCCCGAUCAGAGGACAAGGAGCCCCGAUCAGAGGACAAGGAGCCCCGAUCAGAGGACAAGGAGCCCCGAUCAGAGGACAAGGAGCCCCGAUCAGAGGACAAGGAGCCCCGAUCAGAGGACAAGGAGCCCCGAUCAGAGGACAAGGAGCCCCGAUCAGAGGACAAGGAGCCCGGAGCCUGUGCUGGAUCACCCCUGGAUCACCCCCCAGGAGACACGACUCUCUGCUGGAUUGCUAAAAGCUUGGAUUAAAUAGUAGUUUGGGAUAAAAGAAAUCUCUGGAUUAUUGUCAUCUACUUCUACAAGUUUUGACUACAAGAUGCCUAUCCUCAAGCAAUCCAGCUCUCACUCAAAGAAGAAAACCCGAAUAGAUCGAGAGAUGAUCAGUGCCCCUUUAGGGGAUUUCAGGCACACUAUGCAUGUUGGUAGAGGUGGGGAUGUGUUUGGAGAUACAUCUUUCCUCAGCAACCAUGGCCCUUCCUCUGCUCCUCCACCUGUGGAAGUACCAACCUCUAAGAAGAAUGGUGUCGUGAAACAAGCUGGAGAUCACGAUGAUAAUAAAACGGCUGACUCGCUAAGUCAGCUUUCUCAGUCCUCUGGAAUAGGCUCCGGUGCAGGAAGCAUUUCUUCUAGCCCCGUUAAUCAUGCACCAGCUAAAGACCACAGCGUAUGGAAUAGCAGUAAUUCUGGAGGUCACGCAGAUCAAAUAGAUUGGCUUCCACUGGAUUGUGGGCUAAAACACGCCGAGUCUAUGUUGUCCUUCCAUCUUGAUCUUGGCCCAUCCUUUUUGGAUGAUGUUUUGGGUAUAAUGGACAGAGAUGCUCCCACCGAUGACUGGAACAGUCCAGAUGACCAAUGUGAUUACAAAUUUUCGGCAGAAAGCAGCAAGCUUACACAGCUGUCUUCCAUCACAGAGUCCCCAGGAAGCCAUUACAGUCUCUCCACCACACUGCCUAUUACAAACCCUAGCUUGGAUUAUAAUUCAAGUGUCAUCUCUGAAAACCUGGAAGGAAACCGAUCAGCUUAUGAAGGGGAUAGUGAAGAAGAAAAACGUUCCAUCUAUGAAGGGGUUGCCGACAGUCCAGCACAAAAAGAGAACAGUUUUCACACUAGUCACUGUGAAGAGCUUGAUGAUGAUGAUGACGAGGAGGAUGAGGAUGAUGAUGAAGUUGGUCAAGGAUAUACAUUUGAAGAAGAUCUUGAUGAUGAGAUUGGCGUAUAGGAAUACAAACUUUAAUACAUAAACUCUAUGGACUUACUCACAUGUUUCUUUGAUGAACAUGGUGGGGCACAGACCGACAGUUUCAUAUGGUAUAAAUGUUAUACAUUGGACUUUAUACAGAAAAUUUGACUUUUUAAAAAAAAAAUCUGCCUAUUCUAAAAGAAUAUACUUUGUACAGAGGCAAUUUUUCAUUUUACUCUUUUGAGAAUUUAAGACUGUGUAACUUUUCGCAACAGUAAGAGAUAUUCAUAGAUGUUAGCAGAAAAAAAUAGAUCUCAGUUCCCACUGGUUGAAGGAAUUGAAAUGUUUUAGGAUUUCUUGUUGUAUAAUAUAAAAUGUAAUUUAUCUUAAUGUUUUCGUGAAUACAGAAUUUUUUUCCUUGUAAAAUUUUCUUUUUGUUGAAAAUUUUUCUCUUCCGUUAUUGGUGCAUAGGUCUCAAAAGAUUGUUGAAAAAUUAGAUUUUUACUCUCAGAAUACCAAUGCAUAGCUUAUAUUUUUGGGAUCUAGUAUAGGCCACCUUUAAAAAAAAAUUUUUUAAAUAAAAAAAAAGUUGCACAAA